AUGCACCUCCCAAAAUCGGCUCUCUUCUCGGAGUUUCAACCCCUUGCCGAUGAAUCUCCGACAGAAAUGCGCCACAACGUCCCUCCAGCCCUCCACGUGGUCCCAGUCGGUGGCAACCUUGCCUCUAUGCGUGCUCACUCGUCCCUCGUCCCUCUCUCCCUAGCCCUGCUUGUCGCAGCACGUCUCCAUCACACUCUCCCAGACGAUCCCUAUGCAUAUCCAAAAUAUCGUGUCACCUUCCUCAACGGCCUGCCCGUCCUCAACGAGACUGCUGACCGAUGGCUGCGCGAAGGCCUCCAGGGUGGCAUGCUUGAGUUUCUCGACCAGCCGUGGAAAGAUGCCCAACUUGACAUCCCCCAGCUGAAAGCCAUCGAAGGCAGCAGUGACCAGCAGGCUUCCGCCGCAUCUCCUUCAGCUUCCCCUCUUGCAACUAAUCACACACUGGAACACAUGAAGCUGGGAUCCCAACUCUCAUAUAUGUGCCUCAUCCCCCCGCCGCCUGAAGACACUGGGGCCCUGGCAGAGGAAAAUUCCUCCACAGGCCUGACACCCGUGCACAGUUGGUCGCUAUUACAGCCUCUUACCGGGACUUGCUUAUACACCCAACGGACUCGACAGCACAAGCAGGGUUGGUUCACCUACUCUUAUUGUCACAACAUGCACGUCCGCCAAUUCCAUGAGUUGCCACAAAAGCAGCCUCACCGACCAGGCGAAUAUAAGCCGGAAGAAGACACAGAGUGGGAAUCUUAUACGCUUGGGCAAGCACCUCCCAGCUUGGAAGCGGGCGCUGACUUGACAGUCGCGGAAGAGGCAGCCAUAGCAGCUAACCUGGAACUCGCCCGUGGCGCCGGAUCCCACUAUCUUGUGCAGCGCUGGGGGGAUGGCACAUUCUGCGACAAGACAGGCGGGAGGCGUGAAAUCGAGGUUCAGUUCCAUUGCUCUAUGACGAUGACAGAUACAAUCCUCUUUGUAAAGGAGACCCAGACGUGCCACUACGUGCUGCACAUAGCGACACCGCGACUGUGUGGCGAGCCGGGCUUCAAGUCGCGCCUCGACGCGCGCGAGGAGGCGUAUAUCCGGUGCAGGGAGAUCCUUAGUGCCGACGAUUAUGAGCGGGCGGAUCGCACACUCCCCCCGGCGGAUCAGCCACUAAGGAAGCCAAAACGAGCGAAGCCCAUUAUCGCUCCCCCUCCUGCAGAAACGUCCACUGAUGGUGACGUGUCCGCACCCUUAAAGAACCACGGCAACCUUAUACGCAAAGCCCUAGAGCGCUUACUCGCACGCGACGACCUGCAGGCGGGGACGGGCCCGGAAAUCUUCGUGGAGCAGCUCGCUGACGGGGAGGAACUUGUAAUCCAGUUCAUCGACGCAGAUGUUGAGGUAGGAGACGACGACGGGGACACCAUCGCGCUUAGCGGGCAGUCUAUUGCCGACAUCCUUCGUGCAGCAGGGUACGAUAUACAAGGUGAGAAGGACAAGAGUCGGCCGAAGCGGACAUCGGACGCAAAACAGGGUGCAGACGAGGAGGGCGAAGAGCCUAGACGCCAACGACGAGACGAGCUGUGA